ACUGGUGGACGGGAUCCCUCCGCUCUGGGGAGAGCAACGCUGGACUGUUGAGUUGGGGUGACUGAGAAAAUCCAUCCGCGUCGCCGCAGCUGCCGCCUCCGCCGCGGAGGAAGACAGAACCUCCCGCGCUCCUUUAGCGACCCCUUCGCAGAGUCCCACCGCCACAGGCCUCGGGCCAGCGGUGAGGAGCUGCCUCCCCCAGCCCCCGUCCCGCGGCCUCCAGCCGCCCCCAACCCCGCCCCACGGGCCCGGCGCCAUGAGUGAGCUGGAGCAACUGAGACAGGAGGCCGAGCAGCUCCGGAACCAGAUCCGGGAUGCCCGAAAAGCAUGUGGGGAUUCAACACUGACCCAGAUCACAGCUGGGCUGGACCCAGUGGGGAGAAUCCAGAUGAGGACACGGAGGACCCUCCGUGGGCACCUGGCAAAAAUCUAUGCCAUGCACUGGGGGACAGACUCAAGGCUGCUGGUCAGCGCCUCCCAGGAUGGGAAGCUCAUCAUCUGGGACAGCUACACCACCAACAAGGUUCAUGCCAUCCCAUUGCGCUCCUCCUGGGUCAUGACCUGUGCCUAUGCACCCUCAGGGAACUUUGUGGCUUGUGGGGGGUUGGACAACAUCUGUUCCAUCUACAGCCUCAAGACCCGUGAGGGCAAUGUCAGGGUCAGCCGGGAGCUGCCUGGCCACACCGGGUACCUGUCGUGCUGCCGAUUUCUGGAUGACAACCAAAUCAUCACCAGCUCCGGGGACACCACCUGUGCCCUGUGGGACAUAGAGACCGGCCAGCAGACGGUGGGUUUUGCAGGACACAGUGGGGAUGUGAUGUCCCUGUCAUUGGCCCCCGAUGGUCGCACCUUCGUGUCAGGUGCCUGUGACGCCUCCAUCAAGCUGUGGGACGUGCGGGACUCCAUGUGCCGUCAGACCUUCAUCGGCCACGAAUCUGACAUCAACGCCGUAGCUUUCUUCCCCAAUGGCUACGCCUUCACCACGGGCUCUGAUGAUGCGACAUGCCGCCUCUUUGACCUUCGAGCUGAUCAAGAGCUCCUCAUGUAUUCUCAUGACAACAUCAUCUGUGGCAUCACCUCCGUUGCCUUCUCACGCAGUGGUCGAUUGCUGCUUGCUGGCUAUGAUGAUUUCAAUUGCAACAUCUGGGAUGCCAUGAAGGGUGACCGUGCAGGUGUCCUUGCUGGCCACGACAACCGCGUGAGCUGCCUGGGGGUCACUGACGAUGGCAUGGCUGUGGCCACAGGCUCCUGGGACUCCUUCCUGAAGAUCUGGAACUAACCCGUCUGGGAGGGCCCUGCCCAUGCCCACACUACAGGCCGGGAGCUCUGGGGCUGGGUGCACCAAGCUCCCUCCCCGGUGGGCCCUGGGGCCCUGCUCCCCCACCCAGGUUUGGUUCCUCCCGGGGCCCCCCACUGCGGAGAUAAAGAUGGGGGUAGAAUGGGGGGAAGAGAAGGGGCAGAAAGCCUUCUUCCUUUUGCUACCCUGGGGUUGGAGCCUCAUCCCUCUGGAGGGCCAGAGGCAGGAGGUGGGAACUCCAGGGGCUGGCUUUUUUAAAACUGGUUUUAUUUUAAUUUUUAUUAUAUUUUCAGUUUUUCCAUAAAGGAACCAAUUCCAACUCUGUGCCUGG